AUGACACGUCUAGCUGGUUUGGUUAACCGGGAAACAGAAGAAGAGAAACAAGAAGCAACAAAAACUACAAGCGAUGGUAAGGGAAGUAGUGAAGAAGAAUGCGAGGAGGAGGAUGAUCUGUUUGAGAUAAACCUCGAGGCCGUGAAGUCGUCUCCGGCGUAUGAUUGGAAGAGAUUUCCAGCAAAGACAGGCAGCGUUUUACUGGCAAAUUGUCUUUUACCGGCUGCGGAAAUCUCUGGUGCUGUGCCGGCAAAAUCAAAGGCUUGGAGUGAUGUGGUUUCGUUUAGAGGGUUUCUCUAUGUUGAAAAGGAUUGA